AUGCCUACUCAAUACGGUUACGGAUACGUCAAAGGAGCUACUGAAAUUACCAAAUUCACCGACUUGCCAAUUCCAGAACCAGGCCCAAGCCAGUUGUUGUUGAAAAUUGAAGCAGCUGGAUUAUGCUUAUCUGAUCCUCAUACUUUAAUUGGAGGGCCGAUUGCUCCAAAACCACCAAAGCCAAUGCCAACUAAAUUUGUAAUGGGACAUGAAAUUGCUGGUAGUGUUUAUAAAGUUGGUCAAGAGUUGAUUGAUAAGCCACAAUUCAAGGUUGGAGCUCGUUUUGCUUUACAAAUUAAUCAAGCUUGUGGUGCUUGUGAGUCUUGCAGAAGAGGUGAUGAUGGAAACUGUAGUGAAUCCAAUCAAGCAUAUGGUUUGAAUGAAGAUGGCGGAUUUCAACAAUUUUUGUUGGUUAGAAACUUGAGAACACUUAUACCUAUUCCUGAUAAUGUUUCAUUUGCUGAGGCUGCUGUGUGUACUGAUUCAGUAUUGACUCCGUUCCAUGCUAUUCAAAAAGUUAGACACAGGAUUAAACCAAAUUCCAAAGUACUUGUUCAAGGAUGCGGUGGAUUAGGUCUUAAUGCCAUUCAAAUCUUGAAACAAUUAAAGUGUCAUAUUGUAGCUACUGACUUGAAACCAGAUAUUGGAACCGUGGCCAAAAAUUACGGAGCUCAUGAAUUUUACACCAAUUUGAAUGAAUCAAAACAUGCAGCAGAAUCGUUUGAUAUUAUUUUCGAUUUUGUUGGAAUGCAAGAAAGUGUUGAUAUCUCCAAUAAAUACAUCAAGAGAAAAGGUACGUUAUCACAAAUUGGAUUGGGUAGAUAUAAAUUCAAGAUGCCAAAUUAUACUUUUGCUUAUAGAGAAAUUGAAGUUUUUUAUAACUUUGGUGGAAGUUCAGCUGAAAAUCUUGAAUGUUUAGAUUGGAUAUCAAAAGGGUGGAUUAAACCAAAUGUACAAUUUGUUGAUUUUGAUAAAUUACCGCAAGCAAUGCAAGAUUUGGCUAAUAAUAAAGUUAGAGGAAGAGUUGUGUUUAGACCAAAUAAGUUGUAA